UCAAAUAUGGCGGCCACAAACACUUACUUUCUCUUUUGAUUAUCUCCAAAAUCAUGUAAUUUACCGAAUUAUUCAAUCGUUUUAAUCACGAGGCUGGACCUUUGUGGAUUAACUGUAACGGUAAUAUAUGAUCCAGAGCUGGUCUUUUGGAAAGUUCUUUAGACAAGGAUUGUAGCAUUUCAUAUCAGAACUGGUUUAUUUAAGCACAUCGUCGAAAUGGGGAUUCAAAACUUCAAUGCAAUCUUUAACAGCAUCGACACUGCCUGUAAAGGUUUUGUCACUACAGAACAACUUCAUGACUACUAUAGCAACAUGGCCUACGAUGCCAUCACAUUUGACCAAGUUGAAGCGUCUGUCCUCCAUGUCUGUGGCUACCAGGCUGGAGGACGCAUCUCCAGGGAUUCCUUUCUGGCUGUACUGGAAGAGGUUUCCCGGAGACAGUCUGUAGAACAACAAGCCUAUUGGGAUUUCCAGGCUUUUGAUUAUGGAGCCACCAAUAGGAUCUCCCUACCGGACACUUUAUUACUUUUUAGGGAGUUCCACGGUGAAAGAUUUUCUAUGAAAACUUGGUAUGAUUUUAUAGAAUCUCGCGACGAACCCCCUGGAGCCAAUGUGUUUUUUGAUGAGAUUCGUAUGUGGCUGUGUUGUUACCCCUCUGGAGAUCCAGCAUCCGAGGAAACCAUCACAGAGGAGGAGGAGCGGUUGUAUCGACAGCAGCAACAACAUGAUCUCAACAACAUGGAUGCUGUCAAAAAACUGAUGAACAACACAGAAGACAUGGAUGACCACAGAGAUUACAUCAAUUACAACGCUAAACGCAAACUGAACAAGUGGAAGAGGAACGGACUGGAGGCCAUGUUGAAUGAUGACGGCUUAGAGGCAGAUGACACCAUGGAUGAAAAACAACCUAAAGAUCAUGUGACAAGAAACGACCUGAUCGAGGCGUUAGAGGUCAAAUAUGACAUGCUGAGAGAGAAACUUUUGUAUGAGAUGGCUGCUAAGUCAUCAGCCAUUGAUGGGGACCAACCAGAAAUAUUUCAACAGUUGUGUUCUCAGGAACGUCAACUCCGCAGGGAAGGUCAUUUUGAAGAGCAAGUCAACACUCUUCCUGGCUCCAAGGUUGACCUGAAGGCUACUUUGACAGGGUUGAUGGGAGAAGUCAGAAUUGAAAACGAUAAACAGAAGACGAAAAUGAAUGAAAUCAGGAACAAUAUGAAAGGUCAAGGCAUAUCAGAUAAGGAAAUUGAUCUGGCCAUUCAGACAGAGUACCAGAAAGUUAUAGAAGGAGACACAACAUGUGGUGCCACACUAGUUCAUCUACAAAGACGAUACAAGGAGGAGAAGGACGGCAUCUUCACCUGGUUGAGAUCUACUGCAGGGAAUUCCUCUGUAACCAUGGAGUACAAUCGGUUGUCACGGCAGCAUUUGUUGUUGGGGGAGGAGGGAAAGUUUGUCGGAGCUGCCAUAGCCGUGGGUCUAGCUGAACGUCCACAGCAGUACAAAACAAGCAGUGAAUCUGACUGGGACCGCAGCAGGGCUGAGAGGUUGGCUGUGAUACGCUUGGAUGCUAGGAAGGGCCACAAGCAGCUGAGAAGUGGGCGAGACAUGUUGGACCUAAACCAGGCAUCAAAUAGUGGGGCUAUUGGCACUCAAAGGGAGAUAAUUACAGAAAUUGUCAAGAAACACUCAUACGAAAGAGAGGCACUUAUCAACAUGCUGCAGGGACGAGACAGUGCUGUACACAAAGCGAGUGCCAAGCGUAUUAGUAUGGAACAGAGGAACAAACGCCUUAAGACGCUCUGUAAUCAACACAAGAGCUGGCGGGACAACAGAAACAAGGAUAUUGAUCACGACGUACUGGGGAAAAUUCUUCAGGAAGCUGUUGGGUUGUGCUAUGAAAAUCGACUUGAGGAAAUGCGCCAAAAGAACAACAAACUGUCUGAGGGAGAUGUCAACGAGAGUAUUCUGGCUGAUCUGGAACAGCAACAGGAAGUGGAAGUGGAAAUGAGGCUCACAGACAUGCGGACAAAGGCUGAUUCAUUAGAUGCUUUGCUGGCUAUCCUGGCUAAGGAGAACAAGGCGCGAGUACAGGAACAUUUUGAGAAUGUAGCGUUUGUGAUCCUGGGUAAGGUGGAGAUACGUGAAGAAGACCAGGACUACAUGUCGGCCCUGGAGAAAAAAUACAACGCAAUACGUGAAAAAGUGUUCACUAUGGCACUUAGAGACCAGUACGGCAGUGAAUGGAAAAGACUUGCUGAUGAUAAAAAGAAAGAGGAGAUAAGACAGAAAAGGAGGGAGGAGAAACGACUGAGAGGAGAAGGAAUGUAUGAAGAUAUGGAAUCUCUCAUUGGUCCUAAAAGCAAGACACUGCCUUCACUGAGGAAGAUGGUUGGAGAAGACAAGUCUGAAUUUGGGGCAAGGUUUGCAAGACAGGAAACCACAGGCCAGAUUGAAGACGAAGUUCCUGCAGAGCGUUUCAUCCCUACCAAUCAUCUCGCAGAUUUGAUCCCACGGUACGAUUGUGAGGAGGAGUCACUGUUGUCAUGGUUACAUGCUGAAGAAACCAGUAAGAUUCCUAAGAAGAUCCAGAGGCUGCGAAUCCUAAGACUGAAGCUGGAAGAGUUCCUAGUUAAGAUGGAGAAUAAGUUUGAAGUGGCAGCACUUUGUCUGGGAUUGUUCGAGAGGAUAGAUGCCUCACUUCAUGGAAGACACUCGGGUGACAUAGAGAGGCAGAAGCUACUAGCCACCAGACGUGUACAGAUCCGACAGCAACGCCUCCUACAUCACGAGAGGUACAAGAAACACAGGGAGACUUCAGGCAAACCUAAUGAUGGUGACUUGAGCGGCUGGCAGGUGGCACUUGUUUCGGAGGUGAUGCUUCGCCAUAGUGAGGAAAGAGAACCGCUGCUGCAGUUCCUCCAGGACGAGGGGUUAGAGGACCUGACAGAUGCUGCUUCCCAGAUCUCGGAUGAGGAGAAAAAGGCUAGGCUGGCGGAGCUACACAGAAAACGUAUACAGCUCAACCUUGAGAAUCCAGAUGACAAAGAGGAGCAUAUUUGUGUCCUGGAGGAAACUGUAGCCAUACAGGCAGUGUGUAAAAAAUCUGACAUGGAGCAGUCGUCAAUGAAACAAGUAUCCAUGGAAGAGGUCACUGUAAGCUUGUUGACAGAACUUCAAGAGGAGCAGGACCGGGAGCUGGCCAAACUGUUAGGCAUGAUUGGAAGGCUAGAAGAAGAUGACUUGAAAAAGCGAUAUGAGAAUGAAGAAAAACAGAGACGACUGGAAUCAUUUGAAAACGUGUUUGUUAUCUUGACGCAGAGCAAGGCACAUGAAAACGAGCUUGUCAAGGCUCUGGAGGCUAAAUACAAUCAGCUACAAGAGUGUGUCCUGCUGGACUGUCUGAUCCACAGGUCCGGAAAGGCCAACUGGGACAAAAUGUCGGACAGAGAAAAACAACAGAAGCAGGUCACACUUAGACAGGAAGUCAACAGUUAUAGGGCAACAGGUAACACUGUUGGAUUGUGGGAAGCUCUAGGUAACAUUUCCUCAAGGGAGACAAUCCUGGCACUCAUGGGGAUGAUGAGAAAUGAGUUUGCUGUAGCUGUUUGUAGCCUUGAAGAUCCAGAUGUUGGCCUAGUGGUUGAGAAAGAUUCUAGAGAAGAGAAAUGUAACCCAUUGAUCGACAUUUGGCAAAGGUUUGAUGAUGAGAAGAACAACUUGUUGCAAGCAUUGAAAGGUAUGGAGGAGAGGGAUCAGGAACUACAUAUAGUGAGACUUCAAAGAGAAUACCUGCUCGGUUGCCGUGACAACAGCUUCUCUUUUGCUGCCAUCUUGGUAGGCCUGGCAGAGAGACAGAACCCUCAUGGGAAACCAUGGUUGUCUGGAGAUAGGGACCGCUACAGUAGACUAGCCAAUCACCAGAUGAAGGUUUUGUCUUUGGGUCAGAAGAAACCACCAGAGCAAAAAGAUGAAAUCAACAAAAGCAAUAAAAAGGUGUCACAAAUGGACAACAUGAUACAGAUGCUGGAAAGGAAACAUAGAGAUGAACAUGGUCUCUUUCACCGUCUGCUAAUGGAGAACGCUAACCAAGAAAUUCUUGAUGAAGUGAUUGUCUUAUCGCAGCAGCAAAGGAAGGAAAGACUGGCUCAGCUGUUAGCCAAGAGGGAAGCUACACCACUAGAUCAACAGAAGGAGCACUGGCGUUUGUUUAUGGAAGCUUUGGUGGUCAAACGAGAGCUUUGUCGUGAGCGACUAACAGGUGACCAGAAGGAGGAGGCAAGUGAUGAGGUCAUCAAUCAGGCACUGUUUUCCGACCUUCUGUCUCGUCAGAAUGGGGAAUCAGAGGAAUUCUUCCAGCAAAUGGCUGAUAUGACAUGCGAAGACUUAAAUGAAUUGCAAGCAGCUGUUCUGCAGUCCAGAAAGGUCAAUGCAGCAGAAAACAUUGCAGUUGUGGUUUUCUCCCCUGAAUCAACAGACGGCAACACUGACACUGAACUACUUGAGGCUCUUGAUGGGAAGUUCGAUGCCCUGAGGGACAAACUUUUGGCUGAGGCCCUCAUGAAACAGCUUGGGGAGGCUGAGUGGAAGUUACUGUCUGAGAAAGAAAGACAAAAGAAACUCAUGGAACUCAAACUUAAGGAAAGACAACUCAGGCGAGAUGGGAAAUUUGAUGAGUUGGCAAGAUUACUGGGUGAUGCAUUUGAAGACCAGGAGCUGCUAAAGAAGCUGAUGGGGGAGUCCAAGGAGGACCAGGAGAGGAAGCUGAAAGAGCGACUGGAGAAGAGGAGGCAGAGGAAAGCACAAGGUAUGUCGGAAGAGGAAUGUGACCGACUGGAACAACAGGAUAUAGAGAAGGAUGAAGCAGAGGAGAGGAAACGUCGACGUAACAUCCUGGGGGACCUACAGCAUGCCUAUGAACAUGAGAAGGAUGAGUUACUGAGACGGCUUCGAGAAGGAGAAGACAAACUGUCACAGGAGAAAGAACGUCAGCUACAGCUUAUGAAACUAAAGCGUGACGAACGCAGGGCUCGCCAGGAGGACAAGUUUGACUCGGCUGCUCUCGUCAUCGGCAUGGCAAAGGAGAGGGAAGAAAAGAUGAAAGAGGAUUUGGAGGAAGAGAGGAAGCGACAGAUGAGACUUGCAAAAGAGAGACUGGAGGCAGCACGUCGUAGGAAAGCAGCCGGCCAGACAGAGGAUGAUGACACGGAGUCAGAGAUCAACAUUGACACAGAGGACAGGAUAGUGUUACGUGAGGCAGUAACUAUCGCAGUAGACAAACGCCAUCAGAAGGAGAGACAACUCCUUAUCCAGAUCCUGGAUGAGAGCUCUGACAGCCCUUUGAGGGUGAAGAUACGCGACAUGUCUGAGGAACAACGAAAGGACAAGCUAGCGGAGCUCCAGGAACUUCGGAAGCUUUGGAGGGAUGGGGACUUAAAAGACCAGGAGGAACAAUUAGAAAUAUUCAGGGAAGCAGCUUGUAUUGAGCUGGAAAGCUUGAUGGAAAAGAUGAGGUCAGAAGGUCAUGACCUUACUGAAGAUGACGUUAAAGUUCACAUUUUAUCUGAUCUCCAGCAACAACAAGACAGCGAGAGUCGUCUGCUCUUGGCAGAUAUUCAAAACAAGGAUCCAAAGACCUUACAACAAAUUGUCCAGGUACAGAGGAUGCUACAAGAGAAGGGUUGGCAUGACAACGUAGCUUUCGUACUUCUGGGUAAAUCUCAGAAAGAGGCUGAUGAUCAGACUGAGUCUGAUGAAGACCCAGACAAACAACUGGUUGAUGCCCUGGAGCAGAAGUAUGAUGCACUGAGGGAAAAACUACUUGAGGCUGCUCUGAUCAAAGAGAUAGGUGAGGAUGAAUGGAACAAGCUGAGCGAUAAGGACAAACAGAAAAAACUGGUAGAGCUGAAGCUGAGAGAGAGAAAACUACGAGAGGAUGGCAAUCUAACUGAGGCCAACCAACUCUACGGAGAUCUCACAGAAAAUAACGAAAUUCUGAAUGCCCUUCUUGUGGAGGAUGACAGGGAUGAAGAACAGAAGAUGAAAGACAUGAUGGAAAGAAAAGAGGAACUGAGGAAGGAAAGAGAGGAACAGGGGCUUUCAACAGAUGAUGACACACUGAACCAGAUGGUGAAAGAUGAAGAAGAGGAAAAGAAAAAGCAGCGAAGAAGGAAUGUCCUAGAGAACCUGCAGACAAUGUUUGAGGAUGAGAAGGAUGCCCUGAUGAGGUCGCUGAGAAAUCAACAGGACAGAAUUGCCCAGGAGAGGGAGAGGCAGCUGGCCGUCGCCAAGUUACGGAGGGAUAAAAAUCGUAUGAAACAGGAAGAGAAACUGGAUUCUGUAGCACUGAUCUUCUCAAUGGCACACGAGGCAGAGGAAAAACAGAGACAGAAUAUUGAGGCAGACAGGCAGAGGAUGAGAGCUCUUGCCAAGGAGAGGUUAGAGGCGAGGAAGAGGAAGAAGUUAGACAAGAAGGACAACGAGAACUUAGAGGACAGGCUGAAGGCUGAUGAUGAGGCUGCGGGAAUACAGGAGCUGACACAGCAUGCCAAGGACCAGAAUGUGGUUGCAGGUUUAGCAAAGAGAACAGAUGGCAGUGCAACCCAGGGAGCUAUCUUGGAUUUCAUGGACAAGAGACAAAGUGAGGAGAGAGACUUGCUGAUGGAGCUCUUUACAUCAGCUAAAAAUGAUACUAAAGCGUGCCAGCAGGUUUCUAAGAUGUCUCCUGAGGAUUUGAAAAUGGACCUUUCAAAACUGGAACAGGAGCGCACCAAAUGGCGAGAGAAAUCUCAGCAGGUUGCCCUGGGAUUCGAUGAGAGUGUGGUAAACAAAGCUGUUUGGGACAAGUACUACAAACAGGUGGCUGAGAGUCGACGGGAUCAGACACGUAUCCUCACACAAGCCAUGGUACAGAGACUGGAAUUGGAGGAGCGUAACCUGAAGGCUAACAGACCAGAUAUGACUGAUGCAGAAGUGAAGGAGGAACUCAGUGUUUCCUUGCUGGCAGAUCUGCAGGAGAAACAGGCUACAGAGAUCAAGGCCAUUCAGUCGCUCAUGCAGAAACAGGACUCAAAUGGCCUUCAGCGCCUAAAGCGACUUCAGCGGACAUCCAGACGAGAGGGAUGGUAUGACAGUUUGACAGCCACUUUGUUCCAGAUGUCUGGAGUGGAUGGCGAUGAGGCCGCACUUGCCACAUUUGACAAGAUGAAAGCAGAUAUGGAGCAAGAGCUUGAGAAAGAGAAGGAGGCCUUCAUUGAAAAUGCCAAGAAGAAGGGCAGUGACAUUGAUAUAGAUGCCGCUUUGAAGGAACUAGAGAGACAGCAGGAGGCCAAGAGAAGGGCAAUGAACGAGUCGUUGAGCCAACAACAGAAAUCCCUGAGAGACAAGAUUACUGCCAGGAAACUCCAGGCCAUGAACAAGGAGGGAGAAGAAAUAGCAGCAGCUCAAAUCAUUCUCCUAGCACAGGACCAGGAGAAGGCGGAGGUUGAGAGGAUUAAAUCAGCUAAGGGGAAGCAAAGCAGCCUGCUGCAACAUAGAUUGGAGGCAAGACGUUUGGAGAGGAAGAGAAAGGCAGAGGAGGCCAAGGAAGAGGAGCGACCCCCAUCUACCCCAUCCAGUACUACCUCCUCACGACCAACCACGGUCGACUCCAGAGUUAUGCCGCCUCCAUUCCGGAUGACAAGGGAGAAAACUGUGGUAGAUGUCAAUGUAACGGAUGAAGAGAAGAACGCUGUUGUCUCCAAACUUGUACGGGAGCAGACAAGUCUUCACAAAAAGAUCACAGACACUCAGAAACAACAGGAGGAAAUGCUACAAAGACGUCUUGAACUCAGGAAAGGAAAGCGCCAAGAAGAAGCUCAGCAGUUGUUUGAAAUUGGUGAAAGAAAUAAAACAACGUACCAGAAGAGUAAAGAGGAUGAGAAAAGUCGUCAAAUGGAGCUGCUGAAGCAGAGGGUACAGGCACGUAGGGGUCGGUCUCGCAGUCCCAACCCCAUCGCUGAGUCACCGAAUUCCAUGGAAUGAGAUAUGAAAAGUGAUUGUCAAUACCACAGCUUCUAUGGACAAAUCAAAGAAAACGAAAUAGACCACCAGAUGUGAUGGUGACAAGGAAAGCCGAACCACUUGAGCAAACCCAGAGAUGCAAUAUUGCCAAUAACACACAUCUCAAGAACCUUUUUAUUAAUGGAAAAUUUGGCAUUAGCUUAAUUAAAUGUAUCACAAUAUAUGAAUUACUGGCCCGCUGUUCGUUAGUCUACAUGUGUUGGACAGCUUCUUGUUACAUAAGGGCUCAUGAAUGAUAAACAUUCAUUUCCGUUUGGUGCCUUGUUUACCCUUUUUAAAAUGUUAUCCUGGUCAUAAAAAUUUCCUUUAGUUUGCGUUUUAUUGAUUUGUCAAUUGUAAAGCAAAUGAGUAAUAUUGUUAUUUACUAACCUGAUUGAAAUGAAUGGUUACCCAAUAUAAAAUUGGCUCAAACAGAUGUGGAUUUUUUUUUAAUUCACUAAUGUACCACUGGUAUUAGUAAUUAAACAGUUUUUAUGUCAGAAAAAAUCAAUAUUUACUCAAUCUAGCCGAGUAUGAAUGGCUUAUUGAUAAAGUGAACUGAUAAUUUUUCUAGUAGUGUUAUUUAUGAAAAUGCCAUAGAUUGAAUCCAAUUAAUGAAAAUAUUAUCUUGUUUUUUUUAUGCAUGAUGUUUUUAUUGAAAUGGCUCUAAUUAAUUAAACAGGUUUGCAUAUUUAUUGAUAAACAGUCGUUAAUUUGAAAUACAUGUUCACGUAAUGGAAUGUUCAGGUGUGCAGAAAAUCCAGGUAAUUUAUUCAUGAGUAUGAAUACCAUGUAAGGCUUUGUGAAUGAAGUUUGUUUUGCACCAGUUUCAAUUACCUUGUGUAAAUAUAGCUUUGAUUAUAACGGUAUGGUUUUGUACUUUAAUGUAUUAUCAGACCAUUGAUCAGCCGCUGCAGCACUUUCUCUCAUGUUCAAUGAAAGUGUGUUCAAGGUAGGGAGAAAAAUACCAUAGUAUUUCUAGUAAAUUGUGAAUUUUAUUUGUCAAAAACUUUUGAAAACAAGUAUUUCUUUUGUAAACAUAUUUAUAAUUGCUCGUUCAUUAUUUCUUCGCAGCAUCAACAAUUUGCAAGUUAUAUGCAUCAUGGUACACCAAUGGAAAGCAUGCAAAAAAAUACAGGGAUUUUGUAUUUAGCAUGAAAAAUUGCUCAAAUGUGAUCAGGCUUAAAUAUUUCUGAACUUGCAUGGAAAAUCUACCAAUAUAUACAUAAAUAUGUUAAUAUGCAUAUUAUUUAGCGUACAUUUCUAUGUUUAGAUACCAGUAAUGAAAUUAUGAGGUAAUAGGAUUUUAAUAACAAUGCUGGUCCCAGGUACAGCUGAAGUUUUUGAUAACAUAUUGAACACAUCCAUUAUAAUUGUUACACAUUUAUAUCUGUUAUGAGCUUAUACUGCUUUGUAUUAUUGCCUGCUGGUCAGGAUAUUAACACAUUUACAUAUGUAUAUUAUCAGUUAACCGAAUGAUCUGUUAAAACAUGUUACUUACAGGUAAGUAAUGUUAUCGCUGUGUAUGAUAUAUAUUAAUUUAACUGUUGAUGUAAUACAAUAUAUAUUUUAGAUAUAACGUUAGGUCUGGAUGUAAAGCAAUGUCUGAUCUAUGAGGGUGGGUACCUUAAAAAAGAUUCCCAUGUUUGGAUCUCCUCUUUUCAGAAAUCAUUUAAUCUCUCCCCUCAGCCAGAGAAAGGAAAGCAUCGUUUGUUAUUUCAAUAAGGAUUUUUGCUAAAAUGUAUUUUCCUGAUAAACAAUGGUUUUCAUAAUUGGUAAAUUAAUACCUACAUGUACAUCAAAAUAAAUUGAAAAUGGAUAAAAUUUUGAUUGAUUAUGAAAGUUGUGUAUGGUGGAGAUUUUUAGGAAGUGAACCGGAGCUCUUAAUAAAAUGAUUUCCUUGUCGCAUGCACGCUACAAGAUUUUAUAUUGCUGUUGAAGUAUUGAUUACGUCGGCCGUGAACACAUAAUGUUGUUGUCCCUCUAUCAAAUCUCUGCGAUAAGAACUCUAUAGUAAUUAAAUAAAUUGGAGUACCCACAAUUACUUACAGGAAGAAUAAUUACUGGAGAGUUUCAGUGAGGCAGACAGAGACACAAUUCACAUGUCUUGUAUCUUUACUAAAAAUCGUUGAGGUAAAUAAUGUUUUAAAUGUCUUUGUUUGAUAUGAUACAAUCUAUGCAACAACAUGCAAUCUUUUUUCCAGCAAAAAAAGUUACCAUUUUUAAAUGUACAACACAUUCCGUCUUUAUAUAUAUUCACUCUGUCCACAUUCAACUGACUGUAUUAUUCUUGCAUUAGAGAUGAGGCAACCUUUUCUACAGACUUUUCCCUUGUAUGUCACAUCUUGCGAUGAUUUUUUCAGAAUUAUAGUAGUUCAAAAUUUGAUUAUUUAAAAGAAAGUAGAAAGAAAACAGCCAAAAUAAGCAGGGUUUGAACCUGGAACCAAUCCAAUGCCACCUUUACACUUUCCAAUCCGGUACAAAGCAUAAUCGAGAGAUGAAUAAUUGAAAAGGGAAGUAACUUAAGACAGAAAAACUCAUUUUAGCUUCAUCAUUAAAGAAGGGAGAAGGCUUCCAGUAAAAAAUAACCAGCGAUCAAUUGGAGCUCUCCUUUAAUUUGUUAAAAUGAAGGAAAAAACAACUAAAAUACUAACAGAAUCAUCAAUGUGAUUUUAAUUUUAUUGAAUUGAAGUUGAUUCUAAUAAGUUAUACACACAUCAUUGGUGUGUUAACAUGGGUUUUUUAAUUCCAUUUUAUCUUGAAACACAUCCAUUUGAUUGUGUCAUCAGAAUAUUUUGUUCAAGGUUUAGAGGCUGUAAUGGCAGAAAGUACAGUCAGGUGGAUAGAUUUAUGUCUUUACUUUUGUUCAAGAAUUAUACACAUUUUAUUUUAGUAUUAAUACUUCUGUUAAAAUAAAUCAAAAUUAAUCACAAA